CCGCGUUCUUGAUCAUUGGUUAUCGAUCUGAAUUAAAGGGAAAUUAUUAAAAAUAAACUUUACAAAAUGGUCCGCAAAUAAUUCACCUAAAAAAUAUUGUUUACUUUUGAAACCCUCGCAAAACCUAGUAUUCGAUUUAUCGAUACCAUCGUGGGAACAGCAACAACAAAAAUGGACCGGCGAGAAGAUGCUCUGCUACAGGCCCUCGAUAAGAACGCCGGCGAAACGGAGCGCUGGCAGGCCUUCAAGAGCGAUAAUGAGAGCACCAUCCGGAAUCUGGACCUGUUCGCCCAGAAGCUCAGCGUGGAGGUUAUGGUGCCCAUUGGCCGAAAGGCUCUGAUGCCCGGCGAGCUGAUCCACACCAACGAGCUGCUGGUGGGCCACUACGAUGGCUACUUCUCAGCCUGCUCUGCCCACAAGGCCAAGGAGAUCUGUCGGCACCGCCUGAAACUGGCCGAGGAGCAGCUGAAGAAGCUGGAAGUCGAGUCCGAUCUCUGGCAAAACAAACUCAAUACUCCACUGGCGGAGGGAGCGGUGCCCAGUGGGGAUCAGGUGGAAAUCGUGGAGGAUUUCAACGAGGAGUCGCACAACAAGUGGAUGACGGAGCACAGGGAGCAAGUGCGACAGCAGAAGCAACAGGAGCGCCUUAAACGGCAGGCGGAACCCCCUGGAAGCGGUGACGAAGUGCUACGGAAGCUGGAAGAGCGUGAAAUGAUGGAGGAACUAGGCUUAGAUCCCGAUAAUGUUAACGAAGAGCAACUCCAAGACCUGCUCAAUGAGGAUCAAGCACCUCAGGAAGCUAGUAAUAAAAAUGGAACCCUCACGCCGGAAAAGGAGGCGGAGCUGUGGAAGAAGUUGGAAGCUGGGGAGCAGAACGAAGCUGGAGAGCUCAGCCCAGAAGCAGAAGAAAGCCUAAAGAGUACGGAUGACCUUGUGCGUCGGCUAAUGUCUGGAGCCACAGAAGCUCCUUGUGCCAAAAAACGUAUUGCAGGACCCAAAGAGCCUGUGGAGAUUGAGAAACCCACCUCAGACGACGAGGAUGAUGAUGGUGACCAAGAAGAGGAGGUGCAUACCAUACGGGAACAGAUGGCCCUGCUGCCCAGCGAAGAGCGUGAGCCCUUCCUCAGAGAUCAACUACAAGUACUCAAAGCGAAGAUGAGGAAGAUACAAAAGGUGAACUUUAUCAGCGACGAGCUGAUUCACUUGAUGAAUGUGGUGGUCAUGCUGGAGGACGACCUGCAGGACAUGAUAUUCGAGCAGCAAAUGGAGGCCAGCGAGGAAGAGGAGGUCGAUGAAAACAGACCACCAGAGGAGCCAAUUGAGGAACCUGAAAUAGUACCUGAAGCCAGCACAAGUAAACGACGCAUAUCCUUCGCCGUGGCCGAUGAAAAGCUGGAGUUCAGAAGGGAGGAAACGGUGGCCGAAAUGCUGCCCAAUGCGAAAAAGAACUCCAGGGAUGUUAUAAAGCUGGAUGAACCAGUCAAAUCCCCAGUGACUCCCCGACCAAUUGCCAGUAAAAAAGAGCGGAGAACAAACUCUGAUAUCCUGCAAAAAGUUGAACAAAACCUCGAGUUCGUCAAGGAGAACCAGAGUGUCCAGGACUUUGAUUUGCUCAAUCGAAUUUUGGAAGAGUCCACUGGACGUAUUAACACUUUACACAUUAGUUUCACACAUUCCGAUGCAGUGCCUUCUCCAAAAAGUGAUCAAGACGGUGCCAUACCUGGAAACCCAGGAGAUUUCUAUGAGAAAUAUGAAAAGGACCUGGCGCAGCAGAAUAAUUCGUUUCCCAUUUAUGUAAAUGGCUUUGAGGGCGAAGAGGAGGUUAAAGUCCCAAUAAUGAGCGAAGCUUCGCGUGGAUCAGCCUACGAAGAUCCUAGAAGCCAGGUAAGUUAUCAAAACGAGUCAAGGGUAGAGCCUAAUGUAUUUGCUUUGCAGUUCUCCAAGCCAACUGCUGCUGAGGAAGAAUCAACUGUCCCCGAUCCAACAACCAAGUCAAUUCUGAGGAACAAAGAGGCGGUGGAGCUGGAGCCGCACGUUGUCAACCAACAGCCAAAGAAAGGCAAGAAGGGUAGGAAACAGAAGAAAAAGGAGCGCACCCUGGACGACGAUCUGCGCGAUAUGAGUGCAUACCAGAAGGUCAUGCACGAUCUCGUGGAGAAGGAGCCCACAGAACCGGAGCCCCUGCCGAAGGGCAAAUUCAUCGACUCGCAUGCGCCCAAGAAGCGGGUUAGCCGCUUCAAGGAGCAGCGGGCCCUCAACAGAACGUAGCGAAGAGUAAAACUUCUGCUAGGCAUUACUAGUAUAUUUGUUCAAGUUUAAUGUGGAUUUGUAUUACAAACACAACGCAAACAAUAAACAUCUACUGGUGUGGUGUACAUUCGAUA